UUACCAAAAAGAAAAGCUAAAACAAAACAAAUAAAAAAGAGAAAAAGAAAAAGAAAAAGAAAGAAGAAACGUUUCUCAUCUUCUUCCCUCCUCUCUUCCUCCUUCGUCUGAAUUACAGCUCAAAAGGAGCAAUUUUUUUUGUCAACAAUUCAACCUUGUCAGAAGGAAACUUGAUAUCAGUCCACAAAAUCAGAUAUUGAGUAAAUAUUUUCAAAGUUCUAACUCUCUCUCCUCACUUCCUCCAUUAAUGGAGUAUUGACCAAGCUCCACAAGUUCAGAAAUUUUCCCCUAUAAAUACUGAUUCAUUCACAUCAAAAUUCCCAAGCAAACUAAACCACAAAGGUUGCUUCAAUUCCCCUCUUCUCUUCCUUGAAUUUCUGAAUUUAAUUUUGAAAAUUAAAAUAAAAUUUCAAUACAAAAUUUCUCUGUUUUUCUUAUCUCGCCGGAAACCACCUUUAACACCAACCCAGAACCGCCUUCACCACCACUCGAAAACCAACCGACCACCCAAAAACCGCAAACAACCACCGCGACAACCUGCAGCCUGUCGCAGCACCCUUCGCACCUCCGUCGACUUUCCUUCCCUCCCUCUUCGCAAAAAUUAAAAAGGGCAAAAAUCUGUUUACAGUCGAAGUUAAGUUUGGGGACAGGUGUAGAGGUCCCAAACUCCCAACACUCACUAGUCAGGAAAUACUAAAAAGGUUGGCAAACAUUAGUAGAAGUUGUAAGAAAAAAGGAGCGCGCAAAGACAUCAGAAAUCAGAAAUCAGAAAUGCAUCUGAGCGAGAACGAGGGAAUCGAAGGGAAGACCUUCGUAGUGACUGGUGGUUUGGGAUUUGUAGGUGCUGCUCUCUGCCUUGAGCUUCUCCGACGAGGUGCUCGCCAGGUUCGAUCCCUCGACAUCCGUUCUUCUUCCCCAUUCUCCUCUCAUCUCUUUCAACCUGCCUUUGUCUCCAUUCUUGGGGACGUUACGCGCCAAAAGGAUGUCAAGAAGGCUUUGAAAGGGGUGGAUUGUGUUUUCCAUGUCGCUUCCUAUGGCAUGUCGGGAAAAGAAAUGCUUCAAUUUGGUCGCAUUGAUGAGGUUAAUAUAAACGGCACCUGCCUCAUACUGGAUGCCUGCAUAGAAUUUGGGAUUAAGAGGCUGGUUUAUGUGAGUACUUACAACGUCGUUUUUGGAGGGAAAGAGAUUGUCAAUGGAGAUGAAACUAUGUCUUAUCUUCCUUUAGAUGACCAUGUUGAUCCUUAUGGACGCAGUAAAUCCAUUGCUGAACAACUGGUCCUCAAGUACAACGGCCGCCCUUUUAGGGAGAAGAAUGGUGAACAUCUUUACACCUGUGCUGUUCGUCCUGCUGCUAUUUAUGGACCUGGUGAAGAGAGACACUUCCCAAGGAUAGUGAAUUUUGCGAAGUUAGGUCUGCUGCUAUUCAAAGUUGGUGAUCCAAAAGUUAAAUCAGACUGGGUUUAUGUGGAUAAUCUUGUACUGGCUCUUUUAUUGGCAAGUAUGGGGCUUUUAGAUGAUAUUCCUGGGAGAGAGGGUCACCCAGUGGCAGCUGGACAGUCGUACUUCAUCUCUGAUGGGUGUCCAAUCAAUUCUUUUGAGUUCAUCCGUCCUCUUUUGAGGAGCCUCGAGUAUGAUCUACCAAACACUUCACUGACUGUACCGUCAGCUCUUGUGCUUGGAAAGAUAUUUUGGGUUUUUUACACCAUUCUGUACCCAUGGCUUAACAAAUCAUGGCUUCCACAACCAUUGAUUCUUCCUGCAGAAGUAUACAAGGUUGGCGUUACACAUUAUUUUUCUUUGCUGAAAGCUAAGGAGGAGCUGGGUUACUAUCCUAUGGUGAGUCCUCAGGAAGGCAUGGCAAAAACAAUCUCAUACUGGAAAGAUAGGAAGAGGAGAAGCCUGGACGGACCUACUAUCUAUGCAUGGUUAUUCUCCGUGCUCGGAAUGUCUGCUCUGAUUGGUGUUUCCCUCUUUCCGGAUUUUGGUCCUUUGUCACCCAUCACAACUCUUGCUCUCUUCCUGUAUCGAUCAAUGCAUAAUGUCUGGAUAAUCUGCUUUCUAGCUGUAGGCGCGCAUGUUGUGGAGAGCCUAUAUGCAUGGCACUUAGCGAGAAAAGUGGACCCUGGUAAUGUGAGAGGUUGGUUUUGGCAGACUCUUGCUCUUGGGAUCUUCUCACUGCGUUUCCUGUUGAGAAGGGCACAGUCGCACAGAAGUAACUAAGCUAGGUUAUGCUUGUGAGUUCUCUUGUUGCAGCAUGUUUGAGGUUUGGGAUUUUGCCCCUUUUAGCCAAAGCUAGUGUAAGGAGAGAUGGUUCAUGAACUUCUGCAUAGCAUUUGUGGGAUGUUGCUUAAAUUUUACUUCUUUCAGUUGCGUUUGAGUUGUCAUCAUUGGCUUCGAAUGUAACAGAAAUAUGGCUAAGCCUCCUUAUAGUAUUACUGUAAAAUAUGAACAGCUAGAAUAUUACCUAUGCCUGAACAGCUCUAUCAUGUUAAAAAUUGAAAUAUUCCAUCGUAGAGAGAUCCAUUUUCUUAGUAAAAAGAACAUAUUACCGCCGUAAUGAGUAUCAGCUAGUUUAUUUGGGAAA